AUGGCUGAUGAAAUUGCAUCAGCAAUGGAGCAGGAAAUGGUGGAAGAACAGGCUAUAAAGUGCCCAAGGCCUUCAGCAAAGAGGCAAAGGAAAGGAUCUCCUGACGCCCGAGAAGAAGCAGAUAAAGAACGUGUAGACGAUAGUCUUCUGCAAGAUGCACGUAGAAUCAAAGAAAACAUCAGGGUCUACAUGAACGCAACAGACAGGAACGUGAGUGCGAAGGUACAAAAGCACGUUAAUGGGAAAAUGCAGCAGUUAAUAGAUAUAAUGGAGACAAUAUAUGAUAAGAACUAUGAAAAAACGUUUUUAGUACAACGUGUGGUAAAGGACACAUUAGCUUCCUCUGAAAUGUAUGAUAUCAUAGUAAAUGCAUUAGUGGAAAAAGCAGUACCUAUGGUUAUCGAGGGACUCAAGUCGGAAAGUAAAACCAUACAAAGACCACUGUCAGAACCUCAGACAUCUCGGGAGUUUCCAUGCGUUAAAGAACAACCGCUAUUAGCCGAUGCCCACGCUAUUAUUGAGACCACGGAGAAUGAAAGUUACCAGGAAGUACAGAAAAAGCAAAGAAGGAAAAAGGCUCUUCCACAAAGUUUGCUGAGAAAUCAGACCAGUACUGUAGGACUGUGUGCGGAACCAUUAGCGACAGUUGUUGAAGUCGUAACUUGA